AUGGAGGUGUGGUGGUGGAAGGAUAUAACCAGUCUGCCCUCUCUUUUGCUUCUCUCCACCUGCUGCCUCCUUGCCAGCUGUGAGCAGAACCCUGAACUUCAUGUAGUUGUGGUAGCAAGAUACUCUGUCACAGUUGGAUCUUUCACCCUGAGAUCCCACUGUCCACCUGAGUCUCAGCACAGUGAAGUGGAAAUUCCUGAUACCAGUGACCAUUUGGGACAGUUGGAUGAACCUGAUAGCCCUAUUCCCACACCAAAAGGUUACUUUUUGAAUUUUUUGGAACCAGUAAACAAUAUCACCAUAGUCCAGGGCCAGACAGCAAUUCUUUACUGCAAAGUGGCAGGAAAUCCAUCUCCAAACAUUAGAUGGCUAAAGAAUGAUGCACCUGUGGUUCAGGAGCCACGUAGGAUCAUCAUCAGGAAAACAGACUAUGGAUCUCGUUUAAGAAUACAAGAUCUGGAUACUACAGACACUGGAUACUACCAGUGUGUGGCUACCAAUGGAAUGAAGACUAUCACAGCAACUGGAGUCCUUUUUGUGAGACUUGGUCCAACACACAGCCCAAAUCAUAAUUUUCAGGAUGAUUAUCAUGAAGAUGGGUUUUGCCAGCCCUACAGGGGGAUUGCCUGUGCACGAUUCAUUGGAAAUAGGACUAUUUUUGUAGAUUCCCUGCAGAUGCAAGGAGAAAUGGAAAACCGAAUUACAGCUGCAUUCACCAUGAUUGGCACUUCCACUCAUUUAUCUGAUCAGUGUUCCCAGUUUGCCAUUCCAUCUUUCUGCCACUUUGUAUUUCCACUGUGUGAUGAGUGGUCCAGGACUCCCAAACGUAGGGAGCUGUGCCGAGAUGAAUGUGAAGUGUUGGAGAAUGAUCUGUGCCGGCAGGAAUAUAACAUUGCCCGCUCGAAUCCCCUCAUCCUCAUGCAGUUCCAGCUGCCCAAGUGUGAGGAUUUACCAUUACCUGAAAGCAUAGAGGCUGCCAACUGCAUGAGGAUCGGCAUCCCUGUGGAGCGGCUCAAUCGAUAUCACCAAUGCUACAAUGGCUCUGGAUCAGAUUAUAGAGGAACUAUCAGCACCACUCAAUCAGGUCAUCAGUGCCAAGCCUGGAAUGCUCAAUAUCCACAUAGUCAUCACCUAUCAAACAUGGAUUUCCCAGAAAUAGCAGGGGGGCAUGCCUAUUGCCGAAAUCCUGGAGGACAAAUGGAAGGUCCCUGGUGUUUUACACAGAAUAAAAACGUACGCAUGGAACUGUGUGACAUACCUUCUUGUAGUCCCCAGGACAGCAGCAAAAUGGGAAUCCUCUACAUCUUGGUCCCUAGCAUUGCAAUACCGUUGGUCAUUGCAUGUCUUUUCUUCUUGGUCUGUAUGUGUAGAAAUAAACAAAAAGCAUCUGGUGCCACACCACAGCGACGCCAGCUAAUGGCAUCCCCAAGCCAGGACAUGGAAAUGCCACUUAUUAAUCAGCACAAACAGGCCAAACUCAAGGAGAUCAACCUCUCUUCUAUAAGGUUCAUGGAAGAGCUAGGAGAAGACAGAUUUGGGAAAGUCUACAAGGGUCACCUCUUUGGUACAACACCAGGGGAGCAGACACAAAUCAUAGCUAUUAAAACACUUAAAGACAAAGCAGAAGUACCUCUCCGAGAAGAAUUUAAACAUGAAGCCAUGAUGAGAUCAAGGCUGCAACAUCCAAAUAUCGUAUGUUUGUUGGGAAUCAUGACCAAAGAACAACCUAUCAGCAUGAUUUUUGGUUAUUGUUCCCAUAGUGACCUUCAUGAAUUCUUAGUCAUGAGAUCUCCCCAUUCAGAUGUGGGAAGCACUGAUGAUGAAAAGACAGUUAAAUCGACGUUAGAACCAGCAGACUUUUUUCAUAUCGUAGUACAAGUAGCUGCAGGUAUGGAGUACCUUUCUAGCCACCAUGUUGUCCAUAAAGACUUGGCAACCAGAAACAUACUUGUAUUUGAUAAGCUCAGUGUAAAAAUAUCAGACUUGGGUCUUUUUAGGGAAGUUUAUUCUGCUGAUUACUACAAACUGAUAGGAAAUUCUCCCCUCCCUAUCCGUUGGAUGUCCCCUGAGGCAAUUAUGUAUGGCAAAUUUUCCAUUGAUUCUGAUAUAUGGUCCUAUGGAGUGGUGUUGUGGGAGAUCUUCAGCUAUGGCCUACAGCCAUAUUGUGGAUAUUCUAACCAGGAUGUUAUUGAGAUGAUAAGGAAUCGGCAAAUUUUGCCCUGUCCUGAUGAUUGUCCUGCUUGGGUGUAUACCUUGAUGAUAGAAUGUUGGAAUGAAUUUCCCAACAGAAGACCAAAAUUUAAAGACAUACAUAAUAGGCUGAGGACAUGGGGGAAUCUUUCUAAUUACAAUAGUUCAGCCCAAACAUCUGGGGCAAGUAAUACCACACAGACAAGUUCUCUUAGCACAAGCCCAGUGAGCAAUGUCAGCAAUGCUAGAUACAUUGGACCCAAGCAGAAAACUCAGUCUUUCCCUCAGCCCCAGUUCAUUCCAGUGAAAGGGCAAAUAAGACCUUUGGUCCCACCUCCUCAGCUCUAUAUACCUGUAAAUGGUUAUCAGCCAAUGCCACCUUAUGGUGCUUAUUUGCCGAAUUUUUACCCAGUCCAAAUCCCAAUGCAAAUGGCCCCUCAACAGAUGCCUUCCCAGAUGAUUCCCAAGCCAGGAUCUCACCACAGUGGCAGUGGUUCUACAAGCACAGGCUAUGUAACAACAGCCCCCUCUAACACAUCUGUAGCUGACAGGGCAGCUCUUCUUUCAGAGGGAACUGAUGAUGCUCUCAAUACAGUGGAAGAUAUAGCUCAGAAUCCUGUCCAGGAAGAAGAAGAAGAAGAAGGCUCUGUUCCUGAAACAGAAUUACUAGGUGACAAUGACACGCAUCUGCAGAUGGAUGAAGCAGAAAUUCUCUCAGAAGCUUAGGGUCUAAACAGGAAACAGAACUAAAUACUUAUUGGGAGUUGUACAAAGAGAAUGAAAAAAAUGGUCAAAGCAAGCACUAUCAGAAGAAGCCAGGAUUUCAGAGAGAGAAUGAGAAUAAACAUCCAGAAUAGCAACAGCAGCAGCAUCUAUACUACAGAGGAAAUAACAGCAAAAAAGGACUAUUCAACUGAUGUCGAAUGCUGUAGGAUAUGGAAUCUAUCACUUAAACAAAGUACCAAUAAAAAGCUAAGGCAGAAAAGAUGAGCAAACAGAAGAAAACACAAAACAAUGAAGAAAAAUCUAUCAAUCAGACAAAACCCAAGAAGUAAAUACAGAAGGUCAAUUCCAUAACAAGUGUAAGCAGAGCCUUAGAGGAAAAAAAUACGUGGCCACAAGAACAAGAGUGGUUAGAAGAAAUAAUGCAAAAGAUAAAAAAAAUGAAAUUAUAAUUGAAAUAUGAGUUCUGGAGGAAAAAUUCUCUCAAAAAGAAAAUAAACAGCAUAGACUAUCUCUCCUUCCCUGAAAAAUAAAGUAGAGGAUCUUGUGACUACAUGAAACACAUAAGUAUAAGAAGAAAAUGAAAAAACUUUAAAAGUUGGAAGAAAAUAAAAAACAAUUGAUCUGGAAACAGGACAAAGAAAAAUCAUUUAAGAAUCAUUGGGCUUGUUUCAUAGGGAUAUAUUAUGGUAAGAUGGUAGCAUGUUAGGACCUAGAGGAGACCAGGUUCUCCACAGUCAUCUCAGCAAAACUCUUAAAAGGCACCCAAGUAAACAGUGAUAAAAAAAAAACCACAUAACUGGUUAUAAACUCCAUUUAGUUUCUGUACAAAAAGCAUGUUAUAGUGUUUCCUUGCAAGAAUUCCUUCAUGGCACUUUUCAGGAAAUGUUUUUUUCUCAAAAGUAAAAAAAAAUUGGGGGAAAGUAUAUAAUGGUAAUUACAGAGAUUCAUUAAUUAGAUAACAAAUGAGAAUAUUUGUGAAAAGUAUUUUAACACAGUAAAAGUGUUUACACAUAGUACGUGACAUAUAAAGUGUUUAUUCCUUUCUUCUUUCUCCUAUAAUUCUCCCAUUAGAAUUAAUUAUUAACAAUUAAUAUAGAGGAAUUGCCAUUUUGAAAGAAUCUACAGACAACGAGCCAAAAGUUA